UUCUCCAUCCGCCUGUUUCCGCCUUCAGAUUUCUGCUCCGGUGAAUUCAAAUUUAGGGAACAAACAAACCCUAGAUUAUCUAUCUUAUCUCUCUAAAGAUCUAUACAGCUACACGCGAUGACGAGAGGUGCUAAGAGGAAAACUACUCACAAGGAUGAAGCUUUCAAGGAGCCGACACAGCCGAUUGAGGAGAAUGAGAAGAAUGAGCCCAGCCAAUCGGCUGAGGGAAGCAAAGACGAGCAAAGAAAGCCGGCUGAAAAGAAUUACAUAGAGCUAAAUGAGCCAGCUCCGGAGGAGCCGAGCACGAAAGUGGAUGAGGAGCCGAAUAAGAAAGCUGCUAAAGGUAGAGCUAAGAGAACCAAGACUCUGAAGCCUGAGGCCGAGGAGGAGUAUUUUCCUGACAAGAGGAAUUUGGAAGACCUAUGGCAACAGGUCUUUCCAGUUGGCACGGAGUGGGAUCAGUUGGACAUGGUGUAUCAAUACAACUGGAAUUUCUCAAAUUUAGAAGAUGCAUUUGAAGAAGGUGGGCUGUUAUACAACCAAAAGGUCUACCUCUUUGGAUGUACAGAGCCACAAUUGGUCUCUUUCCGGGGUCAAGGAAAAGUUACAAUGAUUCCUGUUGUGGUUGCUGUGGUGUCACCUUUUCCCCCUUCUGACAAAAUUGGCAUUAAAUCAGUACAGAGGGAGACUGAAGAAAUUCUGCCUAUGAAGCAGAUGAAAAUGGACUGGGUUCCAUACAUCCCAUUGGAAAAUAGGGAUUCUCAAGUUGAAAGACUUAAAUCCCAAAUUUUUAUUUUAAGUUGCACCCAGAGAAGGGCCGGUUUGAAACAUUUGAAGUUGGAGCGUGUGAAGAAAUUUGAGUACUGCUUACCUUACUUCUACCAGCCACUCCAGGAAGAUGAAUUCGAACAGAGCACGGUGGUUCAGAUCUUAUUUCCGAUAGAUCCCAAGCCAGUUUUCUGCGAGUUUGAUUGGGAACUUGAUGAACUUGAGGAGUUCACGGAUAAGCUUAUUGAAGAAGAAGAGUUGUCUGCAGAUCAAAAAGAUGCUUUCAAGGAUUUUUUGAAAGAGAAAGUUCGAGAAGCAAAAAAAGCUAACCGCGAGGCCAGGGAAGCCCGUAGAAAGGCCUUGGAAGAAAUGAGCGCGGAAACCAAGGCAGCAUUUGAGAAUAUGAAAUUCUACAAAUUUUAUCCUGUGUCCACCCCUGAUACUCCUGAUGUGUCCGGUGUGAAGGCUCCAUUCAUCAACAGAUACUAUGGGAAGGCUCACAAAGUUCUGUGAGUGACUUGUCAAGGAAAGUUUAUCAUAUGGAGAGAAUCUAUUACCCCGGACCACGUGCUUUGUGGGAAAUAGGAACUUCUGAAAGGAAUGAAGAUGCAGUACGAAAUAUCUUACCCCGAUUAAAAUGUAAGCUUAAAAGAGGUUUAGACUAGUGGAGGAAAUAGAUCAAAAAAAUGAAAAUUUGAUUACUUCUUCCCACCUUGUAUUCAAAGGAAAUAAAACAACAUUGUUGGCUCUCAAUUUUGGUUGUAAUUUUUGAACACUUAAUUUUCUGUGCUAGUUCAUAUUACCACUUUAUUUUGGAAAGAUUGAACAUCGAAUGGUUGCAUCAAUGUUUAUUGCUUACCUACCCGGGAAUAAUUGGUUUUACUCA